AUGUCAUUCAUUCUCGAUAUCCGCGAACCAAAAGGUGGUGGUAGCAGCGGAGGAAGAGGCAGCUCCGGCAAAUCGUCCUCGAGCAAGUCAAAAUCAAAAUCCUCAAAGAGCAAAUACAAGAGCAAAGGCGGCUACGCAGCCGGCGGCGGCGCAGGCGGUGGGAGCGGCGGCAACAACGGCUUCGCGCGGCUCCCCGUCUGGGCGCGCGUGCUCAUCAUCCUCGCCAUCAUCUGGUUCAUCCUCUUCCUGAUUGCGUUCACAUACUACUUGAUGAAAGAACUCAAACGCAAAAAGGAAGGCAAAUCAUUCCGCCUGGGCCACGUCUUCGGCCACGCCCUCCUCGUAUCCACAGGCCUCUGGAUCCCCGUCUUCCUCUACAAGAAGUUCAUCGGCAGCAAGAAGGAAAAGAGCGGCACCUACGCCAAGAUUGAAGAGGGCCACGGCAAAGAAGGCAAUAAUCACGAUUCCUGGUACGGCGGCGCCGCUGGGGUCGAGAACAAGUACGACCCCGUGAGCGGCCCGCCUCCUUACCGCCCGCAGAGCCCAAACCCAGCUCCGGCACCGGCACCGGCACCGGUUCCGGCGCAGACCGGGGCCGCUGCGGAUUACUACAUGCCUCAGCCGCCUUCACAUACGGCUCCCACGCAGCAUCCUCCUCAGUAUGGUUAA